AUGGCUGUUGUCGCAGCCGUGUGUUCGGGUUGUUCCGCUGGACUGACGGAGUCACAUGAAGGCUCUACACUGUUCCGAGGCAUCGUCGACAUGCUCAUAGAACGGGUUGAUGUUGAUGGUGUUAUGCUGUCGUCUACCGUUGCAUCAAUUGCUUCUCCACUGCAAGCCGAAGUAGUGGCUCCGUCGGUGACGUCAGUACCCAAACUGGUGGCUGGUUUUUUCUUUAGAAGGGUGAUCAGUCCAAUGAAUUUGAAGAAGGGGUGUCGACUGUCUAUUUAUAUCUAUCUAUCUAUCUAUCUAUCUAUCUAUCUAUCUAUCUAUCUAUGCCUCUGUCUGUCUGUCUGUCUGUCUGUUUAUCUAUCUAUCUGUUUAUCUAUAUAUCUAUGUCUAUUCAUAUCUAUCUAUCUAUCUAUCUAUCUAUCUAUCUAUCUAUCUAUCUAUCUAUCUAUGUCUAUUCAUAUCUAUCUAUCUAUGCCCCUGUCUGUCUGUCUGUCUGUCUAUCUAUCUAUCUAUCUAUCCUCUAUCUAUCCAUCUAUCUAUCUAUCUAUCUAUGUCUAUUCAUAUCUAUCUCAUCUAUCUAUCUAUCUAUCUAUCUAUCUAUCUAUCUAUCUAUCUAUGCCUCUGUCUGUCUGUCUGUCUGCUUAUCUAUCCAUCUAUCUAUCUAUCUAUCUAUCUAUCUAUCUAUCUAUCUAUCUAUCUAUCUAUACUCUGUCUAUUCAUCUAUGUAUCCAUCUAUCUAUCUAUCUAUCUAUCUAUGCCCUGUCUGUCUAUUCAUCUAUCUAUCUAUCUAUCUAUCUAUCUAUCUAUCUAUCUAAUCAUGUUACUGCAUAUGUGUAUGUGAACAUUAAACGCGUAGUUGUUAACACUUAA